AGUGUGCGCAUGCGCGCACCGAACGGGAAAACUACAAACGCGUGAGCUCCGAUUGGCUCCGGGCAAAAGAACUACAGCUCCCAAUAGACAUGCGCAAAAAGUCCCUCUUAAAGCCUUUUAAAUUUACGUGCAAAAUGGCUGCACAGGUCGAUCUACUGCGCGUCAAAGUAGAGGAGAAGAGCAGGGACAGCUUUGACAAAGCCACCAAAGAGAAGAAAAAGAAGAAAAAACGGGAAUGUUCGCCGUCCGAUGACACGCGCGAGAAGGAAGCGAAGAAAAUCAAGCUACAUAACCACCAACACCAUCACCAACAACAUGCCCAACAACGAGCGCAUCCACCGCACCAACAACAGAACAGCCAGGCGCGCAACUUCAGCAAAGAGCAGGCACCUGUGCAACACCGCCAUCACCACCAUCAUCACCACCACAGCUCCAAGAAAGAAUUACCUCCGGGCUGGCCGCCGCGCAAAGUGACACCAGCUGCUCACGUCCCGCAGAAGACGGUCCUGCCGCCUUCCCCGCUGUUCACUUUCACGCCGCUCAAAGUAGCGAAGGCCGAAACCCCCAAUAACAAGCCCAAACACAUCGAGAAGGACGUCAAACUCAAGCCCAAGAAGGAAAACGCCGAGGCGAAUGUCAAAGUGCCGGAAUGCAAGAAGAAAAAAGAACCCCAUAGUGAGAAUGGCAAAACCCAGACCCUGGAGGAAUAUCUCCUGAAGAAAAAGAAAAAGAAGAAGCGGCAUCGUGAAGACGAGCGUGGCAAGAAGUUGCGUGUGCACAACAAAGAGGUCCAGACAGUGUGUGCAGCGCCGCCAUCAUCUGAAGACCCUGUGUACAUCAAAGACGAAAAGCCGUGUCCAGGCUUAGGCGAGUACUGCGCUCUUAAAGCUGAGAAGAAGCCGUUCCUCUCGCACCGAGACCACUUCAUCCGCAGCUCGUGGCUUCAGACCAACACCUCCUUCAGCAGACUGAUCCAUGAGGAGAAGCAGCCCAAUGGAGGGGCGUCUGUCCUACACGCUUACGCAGAUGAACUGUCUUUACUGCUGCCGGAGGAAACUGAAAGAUUCGCCCAAGAGUUUCUGGAUCUCGCUUUUGCUGAACACCCUAAAGGAGCCUCGCGCUACGCGCUCGCCGUGGUGCACGGAGCGGCUGCCUACCUGCCCGAUUUCUUGGAUUACUUUGCCUUUAAUUUCCCAAAUACACCUGUCAAGAUGGAAAUCCUUGGUAAAAAGGACAUCGAGACCACCACGAUUGCCAGCUUCCACUCCCAGGUGAGUCGAACGUACUGCUCUGGAACAUAUAGAGCUGGUCCCAUGAGGCAAAUCAGUCUGGUCGGUGCAGUAGAUGAGGAGGUGGGCGAUUACUUCCCGGAGUUCUUGGAUAUGCUUGAGGAGUCUCCGUUUCUGAAGAUGACUUUGCCAUGGGGCAGUCUGUCUAGCCUAAAGCUUGACUGCAGGUCCCAGAGUGAUGAUGGUCCCAUCAUGUGGGUGAGACCAGGAGAGCAGAUGGUCCCCACAGCUGACAUGCCCAAAUCUCCAUUCAAACGACGAAGAUCAAUGAAUGAGGUCAAGAACUUGCAUUACCUCCCAAGAGCCAGCGAACCACGUGAGGUGCUCUUCGAGGAUCGGACGCGAGCCCACGCUGAUCACGUUGGACAGAGUUUCGAUUGGCAGAGUACAGCAGCUGUGGGUGUCCUGAAAGCAGUGCAGUUUGGGGAAUGGAGUGACCGGCCACGGAUAACCAAAGAUGUGGUCUGUUUUCAUGCUGAGGACUUCAAUGAUGUCGUUCAAAGGCUUCAGCUAGACCUGUACGAGCCACCUGUGUCACAGUGUGUCCAGUGGGUGGACGACGCCAAACUCAACCAGUUACGGCGGGAAGGCAUCCGCUACGUUCGCGUGCAGCUCUGUGACGACGACAUCUACUUCAUCCCUCGCAACGUGAUCCACCAGUUCAAAACGGUCUCGGCCGUGUGCAGCCUCGCGUGGCACAUCCGUCUAAAGCAGUACUACUCUGAGGAAGAGGAAGUGGAGGAAUCAAAGGACGUUAAGACCAAGGACCUGUGCUCCAUGUCAUGUCCUGCCCCCUCUUCAUCCCCCGUUCACCCGGACACCAAAGUCACCUCUUGCGCCCGGCUACAAGCGGACACGGCACAAGGCGGAGUGGCCAAAACGGACGAGCUGGUUUUCCAGAGGCCCGCAACGCCACCCAGAGAGCCGCAACCCGCGCCUCCGCAGCCGGCUAAAUCCGCCCACACUGUUUCCACCACUCCCUGUACGGAGACCGGUCCUGUCCCAGCACCCUGCCCUCUGUCCUCGCCCACACCAGAGCAAAUGCUUCCACAGGCUCCCGCCGAGCCUGCAUCAGACUCCUCACUCGACGGCAGCAGGUCCAUGGAUUUCCCCAAAUGACUUCCAAAUCCUUCCUUUUGCAGAGGGAUGGAGUUUUAUUUCGCAAAACAGACUUAACUGACAUUCCACAGUGUAAAAAAAGGAAUAUCUGGACUUUGCCUAAAAAUGAUGAAGACUGUAUAUUUUUUUUUUUUCUUUUUUAGCUUUUGGUUAAGAAAAUGACCCCGUGAGUACUUUUUAGGUUUUUCUCAGCCAAAGUAUUUAAUUUGAAAUAUAUUUUUGCUGAUUACUCAGUAUUGUUUUAUAUUUGUUUAUAUAUUAUUAUUAUUAUUAUUAUUAUAAAUGAGAUCUAUCUCAAGAGGGACUUUUCAUGUUGUUUCCCAGGCCGUCAUUUGCAUCUGCUAAUUGGUUUUUACAGACAAAAACAAGGAAAAAAAGUGCCUGUCACAAGUGGAGAGCAGCAAUCAUAUCUUAAAAGAGAAAAAUAGUCUUAUUUUUAUUUUCCCAUGCUGUAAUGUCACUGAAGUAUCUGACGUAUUUAAGCUAGACUAACGAGUAGGAAUCGGUUUAAAGUGAGAGCUAUUUGCUUUUUCAUUGAUCAUUCUCUAGUUCGCUUGAAGGAAAAUUAAUUAUUUUUUUAAAUGACUAAUAGCAGUAAUUAAAAAAGGAACCUGUGCGUUACCUCUCAUGUAUGCAGGAAAUAGGAUUCAGCCUCCACAAGAGGGUUGCUCAUUUGUUUGUUCAUUUUAAUUAUUUAUUUUUAUCAAGAAUAGUCGAUCUUUUAAGAUCGUAGUCAUGAAUUUAUUUGUCAUGUUCUCUGUCUGUACUGUAUGCAGAAGCUGUUUUUAUUUUUGACUAGGAGGACAUAUUCCAUCUCUGGACGUGAGCAGAAAACUAGAUGGAAAUGUAAAUAACCAAACACUCAGGGGCAACAUACUGAUGCCUUUUCAUUUGGUCAAGCCUCUUCUACUCCUACUUUAUAAUUUUAUCCAUACAUUCAGACUAUUAGGUUUUAAUUGAACCUAUUAUUCUGACGUGGCAGGAAAUGGAUCAUCUAAACAAGCUUCCAUUCAGAUUUUACACAAUUCAGAGUUGUUUUAAAAUCACGAUGGAAAAAGUUUUCAUUAUGCUCUAAACUUCUGUUUUUGUCUCACUGUCACCACUUUUUAAAAAAUGUCCCAAAUGACUAAUCUUGUUGCUUUGGCCAUUUUAAGCAUUUGUUGAUUUUUUUUUUUUCCUAAAAAAUGAGUUGGUGCAAAUAUUAAUGAACUCAGUAAUAUACAAGGCAUGAAUAAAACUUUUUUUUUUUAAUAUGUUGCUCUUCCCUUAAUCUGCUACCCAAGUUUUUCCUCUGCAUUUGAUAUCAUUCAUGAGUAUAGUAGCAGAAGACAUUUGUCCAGUGCUCUUGCAUAACACUUGUUUCCUAUGUGUUUGAACUGAAGUUGUCCAUAGUAAUUUAUGAUAAGCAUUCUAGGGUGACUAUGCUAUCCCGGAGAGUUGGAUGAGUGCAAUUUAGCUUUCACUUGCUGAGUGUAGUUGCGUGUCGGUGAUGUUCUCGCACAUGUUGAUGUGUUUCCUUUGAAUGGGCUUAAGUCUUAAAGCAGGCAUUUGGUGUUUUUGAAAGGGUAAUGGGCAGUAGUUGUGCUUCUCUGUUGACGCCAAGUAUUGCUAAUAACUGAUUUGAAUGUAAUUUCACACCAGCAAGCCAAUCAGUCUACAUUGAUUAUGGUUUCAACAAAAUUAUCUAAUGGCUUUCCCUAAUCAAAUGCAUCCUCUAUAAAUGAGUGCCUUUUAUUGAGUCUUUAAUUGUCUGCUAUUAAGCUAAUUGAUGUUAUUCAAGUUGUAUAAAGCAUUAAUUGCGAUGUAAUUUCAUAAAGUCUGGCAAUAAGUAACGAUUGGGUAUUUAUUAUUGUAAAAAAUCAUGUUUACUCUGCUAAUCCACCAUUUUAUUGGCCACUAAAUGACAAAAUUGGUGUUAAAUGACCUAUGGAGAAUUCAAAAACGUGCAAUAUGAAUCAAAUCUGUUUUUUAUAUUUCCCACUGUAUUUAAAUUAGAAUUAGGAUUAUAUAGGCAGGUGUGAAAGCCUAAACAAAAAUCAUCUUCUCAGUUACAGAUUCUGCAAUUUGCUCAAUGAAAACAUGCUUUCAUACUUUCACCAUUUAAAUUUCUUUUAAGAUGGUGUUUAACACCAAACCAUUGAGAUGAAUCUUCCCAUAUAUACCGUUUCAGACGUUUUCCGCUCUGCAACACACGAUUAUGCUUUUAUACCUUACGGUUUCAUGUUAUAUUUAAAUAAAACAUGAUGAUGUUUAGCGUUCUAUGUUUCUUCUGAAUUUUGGCAGCUAGUUUCUUUCUUUGUGUUGAUCAGGUUUUGAUGGUCGUUUGUAAUAUAGGAAAAAUCCACUUAGGGAUCAAGGCAUGCUCUGUGUGUUUGAUUCAUUAUUUGCUCUGUUUGAUAUUUGUAUAAAGGUUUUCGAUUUCAUUGAUUUUUAAGGACUAAUUAGAUGGUCAAUUAUGAACCUAGUCAAAGUAAUGUUUUGUAAAUGCUAAGUUACAUUUAAUAGAACUGUCAUGUGGAUCUUUUCAAUUGUGUAAAAAUGCAAUGGAAUGCAUAGACUUUUUUCUGUAUUUUUUUAAAUAAACCAUUUUAUGAGUGUA